AUGGGAAAAAAUAGUGUUUCAAUUUCAAAUAGUGAGAAGAAGCUCAAGCUAUUCGGAGUCGAGCUCGAUCCCUCUCGACCUCAAUCGACGGAUCGAGCGUCGGUGGAAGAUGGCGACGAGAGCGUCAGCUCCUCGUCGCCUUCCUCCACCGUAUCGGAGAAACCGUUUGUCGGGGAAACUCGGGGCUUCCGCGAGGAGCCCCCGCCCCCGUCCCCGCCUCGGCCGCCGAAGAAGUUCAAGUGCCCUUGUUGUUUGAAGGUGUUUGCAAACUCACAAGCAUUGGGAGGCCAUCAAAAUGCUCACAAGAAUGAAAGAAUGAGGCAGAAAAGGCUGCAGCUGCAGCUUCAACUUCAAGAAAGAAAGGCCACCAACAACCUCAAUUAUUAUUACAUCAAUAAUCCAAUUUUCAACAAAUUUUGUGACAAAAAUAGUGAAAAUCUUGUCAAUUUUUGUGGGCCUACAAAACCUGCUUUGUUCAACAAGGAGGUUCAGAUUAAUUUUGGUUCGGACAUGAUUAACUAUGAUCAUAAGAUUUAUAGAUGUAAUAAUUAUUAUAUGCAGCAAAAUAAGCAUAGGUUUAGUGUAACGCAAGUGGAAGGUUCUAGAAGGAAUUCGUCUCCCUCUACACCUGAGUCAAAGAGGAUUUGUUCUAGAAAAGGGUUAGAGUUAGAUCUUCAAUUAGGGUUAGGUUAA